AUGUGUUUGAGACCGCCGAGGAAGGAAGAUUGCUUGCCGAAAUGGGAUAACAGCGUUGUCCCAUUCCCCAAUCAUGACAAUAAGAAGGAUGACGAGCCAACGUCUCCAAGAGUUGGGUGUAUGGGUCAGAUCAAGCGCGACAGGAAGCUGGUUUCUGGGUUCCCAAUCAACCACCAUAGAUUCAACAACAACAACAACAACAACAACAGCAGCAGCAGUAGUAAUAACAACAGUGACAACAAGAAGUACUUCAAGCUCAAUAAAGUCUUUUCAGGCAAGAAUCUCAAUAGUUUCUUAAGCAUCAAUCUCAGUAGUAGUAGUAGUAGUGCUCGCAGUAGCAAUUUUAGCAAGAAACAGAUGAUGAUGAUCAAGGGUGUCAAUAGGAUCAAAUCAUCCUAUGAUGAGAUGGAUUAUGUUUCAUUCAGUGUCGUCGAUUUGGAUCCCCCUUUACCGGUCAUUAAGCCGACGACGACUACGACGAUGUGUGCAGUUAAUCUAUGGAAAAGGAGAUGUGGGGGUGAUCAGACCUUGAAGUCUUUACAGCUUCAACAAAUAAACCCUUCUUCUGUUCUUGGACCCAACACCCUCUGA